AUGGCGCCGAGCGAGGAGUCGACGCGCUCCAUCGAGGAGGUCAUCCGCGCGCGCUGCAAGGACGGGCUGUGGGACGACGUCGUGCGGCGCGCCGCGCUCAAGCCGACGGACUUCCGACCCAAGCCGGCCGACCUGUCGCUCGAGAAGAGCGACAAGGGGCUCGGCGACGAGUACGCCGCCGCCUUCGAGACGAACGCGCGAACCUCCGAGGAAAUGCCGCGGACGCCGCUGAGCAGUGUGCUCGGCUCCAAGGGAGCGGACGCGGUGGCCAAGGCGCACGAGGAGGCGCGCGCACUGCUCGCCAAGCUCGACUCGCGCCUCGACCCGCUCUUCUCCUUCCACUACGCGCCGCCCCCCGCGAAGCGCGAGGCGCCCGCCGUCUCGCUCGAGGAGAAGGUGCCGACGGCCCUCGCCGCGAGCUCGACGCUGGCCCCCGAGGAGGUGUACGGCCGCAAGCGGAGCGACAAGGCGCUCGCCGACCGCGCAGAGCUCUCGCAGGGCGAGCGGAAGGCGCUCCGCUCAAAGAAGAAGCGCGCCUUCUUCAGCAGCAUGCAGGCCGCGAGCCAGGCGCCCGGCGGCCUCGCCGGCUCCAAGCGGCAGCGCGUCGCCGACGCCCGAAAGGCGGCGCAAGGGGCAGGGGCGGCGGACGGCGCCUCGUUCAAAUUGUAG